AUACACAAAUGAUCCAAUUGCCCGAUAAACCGAUCGCUGUAUCGGAGGACGGCGGUGUAUUCUGUUCUAAUGAAAUAUCGAUCGUCGCCGCAUCCAGCGCCACUUUCAUCGCCGUGUUGGGAACAAUCGGAAAUGUUACGACCCUGCUGGCCCUCGGGCGUCAUCAACCCGUCCGUAAUCGGCGGCGUCAACCAACAACAGCUUUCGUCCUUUCGCUGGCCACUGCUGAUCUACUAUUCUGUGUUGCCGUUAUGCCGAUUAUGGCCUUACGGUACGGCCGGAGACAGUGGCCGUUUUUAGCAAGCGCUGCUAGCGAGAGUUUCUGGUGUCGGUUGUUUCCGGUUGUCCUGUAUGGCACGGUGGCCACUUCCGUGCUCAGUCUUGUAGCGCUCACCGUAAAUCGGUAUAUUUUGAUCGUCCAUCCCGGCUGGUACAGUGCUGUGUACAGAAGAUCUGGAAUGCUCUCAUUGCAACUUGCAAUUUGUUGGGCUAUACCUUACGGGUUGAUGGCAUUACCACUGUUUGAAAUAUGGGGACGGCUUGGAUAUGACCGUCGUACAUUCUCCUGCACCGUACUUCCUUCGAUCGUUUCUGCCAACUUCUUCACGAACCAUUUCUCAGCGAGUCCAAAAAAAUUCAUCUUUCUUGUUGGCUUUGCUCUACCAUUCUGUGCGAUCGUGCUCUGUUAUACUGCUAUCAUUGAUACUGUAAGAAGACAGCGACGAAAUUUGCAACAACAUGCGGUAAAACAGAUAGUCGCUUCAGCAUCACCAAGCAGCAUAACCACCAGCAGCGAUGACGACGAGCGGCAUCUUACACGCACUACGGCGGCAAUAUUCGGAUGUUUUCUGUUAUGCUUUCUGCCACUCACUAUCGCCAAUGUUCUCCUGGAAGAUAAAGAUUCCAGCAGGGCUGGAGGGGAUAUUCAUGUCCUGGCAUCGAUCCUCACCUGGCAUUCUGCAGUUCUCAAUCCUUUCAUUUACGCCCUUGGAAGUCGUCAAUACCGGAAAGCAUACUGGUCUGUCCUUCGAUGCAAGCACUGUAGAAAUAGUGAAGAAGACCGUCGGAUCACAUUACGAAGUCAUCGGGCAACAAUGUCUCCAAGCGUCACCAAAGCAAAGUUUCGUAAUCCAAUUUCAGAUAACGCCGGAAGCAUUUCCCAAACCAAUUCUGAAGUCUAA